CCCACCAAAAGGUAAAUAUUACAUAUUUGCCCCCCGAAAGAAAGUCAAAUUACUCAAUCAGCGGCGUUUUGGUUGUUUCUUCGCCAAUCGCCAUUAUCGCGGCCUCUUUACCUUCUCGCCGUCGGUUCCCACCCUGUGACGAUUCCGUCACCGAUUGGUCCAGAGCUCGGAGAUCUGAUUCUCAACGUCGUGCUCUUUAUUUAGUCCCAAAUUUACACGGAAAAGAGGGAGGGAAGGUUGCUUUGAUUCCUCUGGUCUGAGCAACUAUGGGGUCGUCUCCUGAGAUCAUCGAUAUCUCUACUAGUGCUCGGAGAAUUGGCGUGGAUAAUCGUAUUUCUCUCAGAUUUUACUUCAGGAUCGCAGAUAAUAUCCUCAAACAGGCAAACAUAUUUCGGGCAGAGAAGAAUAUCAUUGAUUUAUAUGUCAUGCUUCUACGUUUUUCGAGCCUGGCUCUCGAGACUAUACCCUCCCAUCGAGAUUACAGAACAGCUCUUAAAAGCAACAAAGAGUAUUUGAGAAUGAGACUACUUGAUGUCUUGACUGAGCUGGAGAAGUUGAAACCAGUUGUACAGCAAAGGAUCGAUGAACUGAAUCCCAAGCCCAUACCUCGAUAUAAUGUGCAAGCACAUCCUGCAAAUGGUUCCCCACAGUGGUCGUUGGCUGUAAAACCAUCGACAAGAAGCUAUGAUCAUGCGAAGGUGAUAAAUCCUACUGGACAUAAUUUUGGCUACGUGGGUUCCAGGGGUCAGCAGUUCUUGAACGCUGCACCACUUGAAGAGCGUUUCAGAAAGAUGUCAGUGAACUUUAUCCGACCAACAGAUGAAACCCUUUCCAAGCACUCUAUCUUGGGUCCAAAUGGACUCCGUGCACAGUGGCAGCCUCCGAAGAAUGAUAUAAAGGUUCAAUAUCCAAGCAAUAUAGAUUUUUCGCCAGUUGAAAUCCCAAGCUUCCAGAAACUCUUGGAUAGUAAACCAAUGUUAACAAACGGCAGUAACCAGGAACCUGAGAGGCCAGUUGUCGAAUCAAGUUCUAAUCCAAGUGAAAAUAUCAAGAAAGAUUACACUGAUGAGCUUUCGUCCAUGAUAUCUUUCGAAGAACCAGAAGGAGUUAAUGAUAACAAUAUCAUUAGGCAACCUUCACCACCUCCGGUGCUUGCGGAAGUUCAAGACUUGGUUCCUGCUUUAUGUCCUGAAGUUAGAGAAGCGGAAUGUAACAUAGAAAACCCUUUGCCAGAUGAGUCUCUACGAUCGGAGUCUCCUCUUGAACUCCAUAUUGCAACAGCAAUGAUGGAUACCUUUAUGAGGCUUGCCAAGUCAAACACUAAAAAGAAUUUAGAGACGUGUGGUAUUCUUGCGGGCUCACUAAAAAACAGAAAAUUCUAUAUUACAGCUCUCAUCAUACCAAAGCAGGAAUCAACAUCUGACUCUACGCAUCCAACACAGUCUUGUUUCAUGUCAUCCAUUGAUGUUCACACACAUUAUUCAUACCAGAUUAUGUUACCGGAAGCCGUGGCAAUCGUUAUGGCGCCACAAGACUCUUCAAGGAAUCAUGGAAUAUUCCGGCUGACAACGCCAGGAGGAAUGACGGUGAUAAGGAAUUGUGACCGGCGUGGGUUUCACGCGCACAGUUCGCCGGCAGACGGAGGACCAAUUUACAAUACGUGUAAGGAAGUUUACAUGAACCCAAAUCUCAAGUUCGAUGUCAUUGAUCUCCGAUAGCGUCACUUGUGCCUUCGAAAGUACAUCUAUGUUGUGUAAAAACCAUAUUUUUCACGUUUGUAACAAUGUCUUAUUUGUUUAUAUCCGAUUUUAAGUAUUAUCUACUUCCGUUCGUGUACAAUUUACAUGUAAAACUGAGAAAAAAAAUAUUCAAUAACGAGAAAAAUUGAUGUAACUAAAGUUGACAAGGUAUACUUUAUAAAGCCUUUAUAUAUGUAUGUUUUUGAUGGGGAAACUCAAAACAAUUAUUGUGAUUCAUCUUAUGAUUAAAAUGGG